CUACUCAGCUGCCAUAACAGGCAAGCAAAUGUGUACCAAUUGGAAAGAUGAAUUAAACAGUGCCUAAAGACUACAUUUUAAAACAAAUCCGUUUGUUAAUAGCAGCACCAUGUUGCGUGUCGGGAGCAAAGCUGGCUGCAUGGCUUGCAGGAACCUGGUCUCCACUAACAUGGGGGUGAGAUUUCGGGUACCGCUCCAGAAGCUGCACCCUCUGUCUCGUGCCAUCCACCACCGCUACUCGGGUAACACCAAUCCCCAGCGGCCACCUCAUCGCACGGCAGCCCGCUAUUUCACCUCCAUGUCGCGGUUGCCCAUGCGGCCACCUAAGCCUCCCCCAGGGUCAGGGGGACGUGGCCACCAGCAGCAGCGCAACUUUUGGAUGGUCCGCCUUGCUGCCAGGCUGCUAAAGCUCCGAUACAUCCUGUUGGGCAGUGCAGUGGGAGGAGGGUACACAGCUAAGAAGACCUAUGAAGAGUGGAAGGACAUGCUGCCUGAUUUUAGUGAAUACAACUGGGUCAUUCCUGAUUUUGUCUGGGAGCUGAGUGAACAAAUUGACCUCGAUAAACUCACCAAAGCUCUACCAGAGAUUGAGGAAAUAGCCAAACUACUACCUGACUUAGACAAGAUAGGAGAGAACUUCAGCUUCCUCAAAAGCCUCCUGUCUUCUGGUGUGAGUUUGGGUAGUGAAGUCAAAGGAGCUUCUGGUCUGCAUCUGUUGUUAGAAACCUCAGGUGACCCUCCACUAAAAGCCACAGAUGCUUCUGCUGCAGCCACACAAGAUGCCAGCGACAAGCAAUACAAAAAGGGUCUGCUUGGCGAGCUCAUUCUAAUUCAGCAGCAGAUCCAGCGGCACGAGGAGGAGGUCCGGCGGGCCGCUGCAGCGAAUAAUGCGCGUCCCCCACCGCCAGAGCCUGCUCCCAGUCCGCCUCCGAACCCCAGCCCCCCUCAACAGAAACGCAAGUCUUCAGACAAAGAAAGGUUAGACCAGCUUCAGGAGGAACUGCUUCGUACUCAGCUUAAAUAUCAACGCAUGCUGGAGAGACUGGAGAAAGAGAAUAAAGAGUUGAGGAAAGUAGUUCUGCAAAAAGAUGAUAAAGGGAUUCACCAAAGGAAAGUGAAGAAAUCCCUUAUUGACUUGUAUUCUGAAGUCCUGGACAUCUUGUCUGACUAUGAUGCCAACUACAACACCCAGGACCACUUACCCAGGGUGGUUGUGGUUGGCGAUCAGAGUGCUGGGAAAACUAGCGUGCUGGAGAUGAUAGCUCAGGCCAGGAUUUUUCCCAGGGGCUCUGGAGAGAUGAUGACACGCUCUCCUGUCAAGGUGACACUAAGUGAAGGGCCCCACCACGUGGCCAUGUUCAAGGACAGUGGCAGAGAGUUUGACCUUACCAAGGAAGAGGACCUGGCUGCUCUGAGGCAUGAGAUUGAGCUGAGGAUGAGGAAGAGUGUAAAGGAGGGACAGACAGUCAGCUCUGAGACAAUAUCCUUGAGCGUCAAAGGCCCCGGUAUCCAGAGGAUGGUGCUUGUUGACUUACCAGGUGUCAUCAGUACUGUGACUGCAGGCAUGGCAUCAGACACGAAGGACACCAUCUUCAGCAUCAGCAAGGCCUACAUGCAGAACCCCAAUGCAAUCAUCCUCUGUAUUCAGGAUGGCAGUGUGGAUGCAGAGCGCAGCAUUGUAACAGACUUGGUUAGCCAAAUGGACCCCCAUGGGAAAAGGACCAUCUUUGUCCUGACCAAAGUUGACUUGGCGGAGAAGAACUUGGCCAGCCCUAACAGGAUCCAGCAAAUAGUGGAAGGCAAGCUGUUCCCCAUGAAGGCCCUGGGCUACUUUGCUGUGGUGACAGGAAAAGGGAGCAGUGGUGAAAGCAUAGACUCCAUUAAAGACUAUGAGGAGGAUUUCUUCCAGAAUUCAAGAUUAUUAAGGGACGGUAUGUUGAAGGCCCAUCAGGUGACCACAAAGAACUUGAGUCUUGCCGUCUCUGACUGCUUCUGGAAGAUGGUCAGGGAGUCUGUUGAGCAGCAGGCUGAUGUCUUUAAAGCAUCCCGCUUCAAUCUGGAGACAGAAUGGAAGAACAACUAUCCUCGUCUGAGAGAGCUGGACAGGAAUGAACUGUUUGAAAAGGCUAAAAAUGAAAUCUUGGAUGAAGUCAUUAGCUUGAGUCAAGUGACCCCACAACACUGGGAGUCCAUCCUGCAAAAGAAGCUGUGGGAACGUGUUUCCACCCAUGUGAUUGAGAACAUCUACCUGCCUGCUGCCCAAACAAUGGACUCUGGUACCUUUAACACCACCGUAGACAUCAAGCUCAAGCAGUGGACCGACAAGCAGCUUCCACAUAAAGCACUGGAGGUUGCCUGGGAGACACUGCAGGAGGAGUUUGCCCGCUUCAUGGCUGAAUACAGAGGCAAAGACCAGGACGACAUUUUUGACAAGCUGAAGGAGGCUGUGAAGGACGAGAGUAUCAAGAGGCAUAAGUGGAAUGAGAGGGCUAUGGACAGCCUGAGGGUGAUCCAGCACAAUGCCCUAGAAGACCGUUCCAUCACAGACAAGCCACAGUGGGAUGCAGCAAUCCAGUUCAUGGAGGAAACCUUGCAGUCACGCCUCAAAGACACUGAUUCAGUUAUCAGAGACAUGGUGGGUCCAGACUGGAAGCAGAGGUGGCUGAACUGGAAGAAUCGUACACCAGAUCAGCACAUCCGUAAUGAAACGAAAAACGAGCUGGAGCGCUUGCUAAAGUUGCACGAAGACCACACAGCCUACCUGGCCAAUGACGAAGUCACCACAGUCCGGAAGAACCUAGAGGGACGAGGGGUUGAAGUUGACCCUGUGCUGAUCAAGGACACCUGGCAUCAGCUGUACCGACGACACUUCUUGCAGAAGGCGUUGUCACACUGCAACCUCUGCAGGAGAGGCUUCUACUACUACCAGAGACACUUUGUUGACUCUGAGUUGGAGUGCAAUGAUGUGGUACUGUUUUGGAGGAUCCAGAGGAUGCUGGUCAUCACAGCCAACACUCUCCGACAGCAGCUCACCAACACCGAGGUGCGCCGCUUGGAGAAAAAUGUAAAGGAGGUGCUUGAUGACUUCGGGGAAGACAUGGAGAAGAAGACCCAGCUCAUCACUGGCCGCCGAGUCCAGCUGGCAGAGGAUCUCAAAAAAGUUCGUGAGAUCCAGGAGAAACUUGAAGCCUUCAUAGAAGCUCUUCAUAAGGAGAAAUAAGAGAAGCAGAACCUCUGAAAGUAAAUAUUUGGAUCACAGCAGAGAAAUGCACUGAACAAAGAUCUGUAUAUGACUGUCAUCACCCCCCUGAUCCUGCCCCACCACUCACCUGAUUUUAAUACCUAAGGCUUGGCUACUUGUCGCCCUUGGACGCUGAUGGAAAGAUGGACCGAAUCAGAAGGAUAAAACGGAGGAUCAGUUUUCAGGCUUUCUCUUGGAUUUUCUAUUUUUAUUUUUUUAUCUUAGUUUUUUUUUUUUUUUCUUUUCUUGCAAACUGUCCCAAUUUCAUGAGGUGGACUCCUGCACAGGAGCCCAAACACAGUCACAUCAGGAGUAAAAUAAGAAGCUCACACAGCGUUGUCAGACAUCUGAGCACUCAUUUUUGAAUAAAUGAGGAUUGUGUACAUUCAAUCUCCUCAGUUUUUUUUUCUUUUCUUUGUUUUUUUGGUGUCUGUAUACAUGAUCAUACAAGUGUGUGUGUGUGUGUUCACUGAACUGUGUGCACAGAGACACUAUCGGCACUGUUCCUGACAGGUGUAAAAAGCCUUGAGUUUCAUACCAAUAUCUCACCUGGUGCUUCUAAAAUCUGCCAUGUUACCCUCACUGUUAGAAUUUGCCUCUAUUUAACAUUGGUCCUUCUUAGUUGCACUUAAGAUUCAAAGCACUUACGUUAUCCCUCCAAGCUGCAGCUGCAUUCUGCAUUUAAUGUACAUGUACCCCUUAAUGAGACUGUGUGUAGUUUCAUCAGAUGUUCUCACCUUAAUUCAAUAUAAAAACAGUAAGUGACACUGGUUCAGUAUUCAGCUUCGACACUCUCCCUCGUAUCACUAAUAGGAUCGGCUCUGAACCAGGUUUUGGAAAGAAUAUAAUGCAUAGAUUUAUUUCUUAUUAUAUUUCUCUGUUGGGGUUUAUCUGACAAAAUACUGCACAUAAUAACCCAGUCAUACCUCUAACUCACCCUUUUGUUUCUGUUCAUUUGGGUUUAAUGUGUGCACUUCCAAUAACACAUAAGACUUUAUGUGCAUUAACGUUUCAUCUCAGCUCUCCAUGUUUCAACUGACAGAUAAUUAUACAAAUUGCUCAAAAAUAUAUCACAGUGUCUCUCUGUCAUGCCUUUUAAUAUGCAACGUAUCAGAUUAUACGUAGUCAACAUUAGGUAAAAAUCCUUGCCAUUUAUUAAAUUAACAGUUUUAAAUAUAUGAUCAACCAAAUUCAUUACCAUUUAUUCUAUUUUGAUAAACUAUUACAGUAUCUGUCAGUUGAUACACUUCUUUACCUUGCACCUGAACACAGUAGCAGGCAGUUCAUAUUCAUGUAUUUCCACCCGGUUUUAUGUCAUUUUUGGCAGGACAGGCUCUUCUUUAUUUAUUUACCUGUGGUGACGCAGCACAGACCCACUCAUACUAAUCCACUUCCCCUCAUCUUCUUCUUCGUGUGUUUGUAUCAACAUUAAGAUCUUAGGCUUCUGUCAGGGGUGAGAUCAAAAAAACAAAUACAAGGAAAGUAGUUACCUUACUCUGUAAAUUAACAGGCAUUGAAAGAAGUAAACAAUCUAACGUGCUGUUAGGUGACGUUAAACCGAAAAUUUGCGCUUUCCUGAACUCACUUCUUCUUCUACCAUUCACUUUCCAGUGCCAGAUGUUUCCCUGUCACGUGCUUUCCUCCUCGAUAUCUUAAAUCGGCUCUCAGAAUUACACUUUCACCUCCACGAUUUAGACCAUUCUGGUUCUUCCCAUCACCCGUGUAGACAUCCACUCAUUCUUCCUAGCGUAAAAACUGUCUGAUAUUUGACUGAAGGGGUGCGAGAGACUGUGUUUACCCCAUUCAUUCAUUCAUUCAUAUGUGUAUAUGGGUAUAUAUAAAUAAUAUGCCGCGCAUUCUUGUACAGUUAAAAUGAAUGGGAUGUCAUGGAGCUACUAUCAUGUACAGCACAUUUGAGUGAGCCACUUGUGUAACAGAAAAUCGGUGAGUUGGUUCAAAAAAAUGUUUUAUGUAGUAGAAGUAAUGUUUGCAUGGUGUACCCCAUCGAAUGUGCUUUAUUUAUUAAAUUUGUGUUUAAAAGAGAAAGUGAAAAUAAAAAUUGACAUAAU